UGAGUGGUAACCAUCAAACGCUUGAAGUUAGCUACCUUCAACUGCCUUCCGACCUUUUUGCACUUAACUUUUAACCUCUGUUUGAGAAAAAUGCUUGGAGACUGUAUUUGAUUUUUAUGUCGCUUAUCAUUUUAAUGUUUGCUUGUUAUCAGUCACGAUAAGCGUUGAUUAAAGCUCUGUUUUCCAUAGGAACUCAGAUUAGAAGAUUAUUUACUUCAGGGGCGCGUACAAAGACCCGAGGCCACCAGGUUUGAAAGCAAGACAUAUCUUUGUUUGGAACACAACGAAGCUCUGAAAGUUUACUGUCACACAGAUAAAUGCCUCAUCUGCAUUUAUUGCCAGUUCUAUGGCAGUCAUGUGGGUCACGAAUGCGAGCUUGUCACUGACAUUGCCACCACGAUACGUGGGGAUCUAAGCAGCGUAUCUAAAAAAUUGGGCGAUCACUGUGAAUUGGUCAAGAAGUCAAGAGAAAAAGUGAAUAACACAAAGAACUCUGUACUGGCUACUCAAAUAUACCUGCAAGACAGGAUCGGAAAACACAUGGCAUUGUUACAUGCUUACAUGAGUAAGGGAGAGACGUCGCUGAGGGAUGCUGUAAACGAUAAAACGAACCAGAAGAUAAUGUUUUUGAAUAAUCAAGAGAGGGCCAUGUCAGGUAUUGUGGACAAAUGUGACUUAGCGCUUUUUUUGAUCGAGGAGUGUCAAAAGAAUGACAGUGCGUUGGUUGACGAGAAGCCCAACAUAGAUAGUCUCAUCGAUGAGGUCUCCGCUUUCAUGGAGAAGUGUGAGCUGGAGCCGGCGGAAACAGACAAUCUGACAUGUUACUUUGAGUAUAAUCUUUUAGAUUUGCUUAAAACACAAAUCGGUGGAGUAAAGAUUCUAAAGCCAGGCCAAAAAGGGAGCUCUAUUUACAACUUCAACGAGCAUGAGAUGUGGGAGGAAGGGAAAACCAAGGAUGCGGAGGUUCAAACAGAGGAUCCACAGGAAAGCACAACUCAUCAUACACCGCAAGAUCUGGUGGAAACUGCUGACUCUGGCUUGACGGCGCAAGUAAGGGACAACAGUCCUUCAGCCCUAGUGGAUCCAGAUGUCAACGAUAAAGAUGAUCUUGAUUGCAACGGUGACGAGAAAGUUAAUGACGAUGAGAAUGAAGUUGGACUUGAGGGAGGGGUGGGAGGCGAAUCUUCAGUCCUUGUUGAUCCUAACCUGCAGAUAUCAACAGAUUCACAAAGCUCUGGAGAAGUAAUAACUGGAUUACUGGAUGAGAUGCUUAGAAAAGUGGACGGAAUCGCAGUUGCAGAUGGUGACGAUGGCAGUGACAAUGUCAAACAAGAGAUCGAGUCUGACGAUUAAACAUUGAACUUGGAUCAAGUCCCCAACGAAUUGAACGUCCACUGUCUCCGAUAUAGUAUCGCUGUUUUUCUAGACUUAUCACGUGAAGGGAGCGUAAAACAAGUAGAUUACUUGUAUUCUGGUUUUUUCUUUUACGGUCCCUCGAGCAUGGUGGGAUAGGAAACGCAAAAUUAAUGUUUGGACGGGAAGAGACUAGGAACACAAGUCGGAUAUGCGCAAGCGGAUCAAUUUUGGCCAGCCGUGCGCCAAAAUCCAAGCAAGAUCAACAUUUUCAAAACGCAAGAAACAAUCUCUGUCAUGCAAAAAAGGCAAAAAAAUUGGAACAUUCAUAGAAUCUGUGAGAGGAAAAUUAAGUAGGGAAAAGACAAUUUGAGACUUCUCGAACGAUCCGCAGUUACACAGUAUAACAAAUGAUGCUAAUAGUUUCUCUUUAAAUUUUUAGUGUCUGUCUAUGUAAUUAGCCAUUAUGCCUUGACUUGCAAAUAUAUAUCUACUCACAGUAAAACGGUAUUUUGUAGAUUUGUAUGAUGCAUUGAAUUAAAGGAAAUAGCUUUAAACAGUUACGGA